GUUUGCGUUCGGGCACUCGCCAAGAGAGAGGAUGUCGUCUCGUCGCGACAGGUGCCUUUUGACGCGACUGCCUUGCGGGAGCGCCUUCCCCACUCCCUUUCCUUUCCUUCGCAGACGAUCUCCACCGAAUAUCCUUACUUCAGUCGUUACCCAAAAACCCAUCUCACACGCUCACAUAUCCCACCCGUAGGCCUCCCUUCACCGCUCUCAUGAAGAAGCAGAUUGGCUCUGCAAAACAUUCAUAUUGAGACACAAUGGCCGCACAAGCAAACGACACCGCGCCCACUGCGGCUCCGGGCAAAGGAGAGCCGGCGGCUGACACCACGGAGGAACUCCUGAACUGGGACGAUCCGGAGAACUAUGGGCUUGCAGAGGAGGACUGGUAUGGAGGCGAAUUCGGCGAGGAUGCAGGGAUCGAAGGGACUGCUGAGGGUGGGGACCUUCAGGGUUCCGCCGUCGCCGAGAUGUCUGCAGCAGCGAGCAGCGAAACUGUAUUCGACACGCUGCUGGAGGACGGCGUGAAAAUUGGAGCUGUGGUUGCAGAGAACGGAAGUUCAGCAGGAAAGGCGGAACGCAUACCUUCGCAAUCACAACCAUCGGCGCAGCCCAGUUCCGAUGCACCCAGCGCGAAAGUUACCGAGUCUCAUAAUGGCCUCCCACCGACCCCGCAGAGCCGUCCGCAGCAAUAUCCACCACGACGGCAGUACAACCAGCCGCAAAAUGGUAUCGGACGGCCUGUGCAGACGGGUUAUCGAAUGCAUGGAGGCGAGCAGCGUCCACUGAGCAUGCAGGGCGGUCGACCGGGGGCCUAUGGCCAUCCUGCUUCGGGCACAACUCUUCCGCCAAGACCGGGAUUCCAGCCGCAAUACAAUGCAUAUGGUGGUGGUGCUGGACCGGCAGUUCCCACCGGCCACAAGAUCCAUGUGAACCCAAAAUUCGCAGCGAUGCAAGCUGCGCGCUUCCACCCCUAUGGCGCCGGAAGUCCGACUGGACCAACGAAUCAGAGAGGGAACCAAUACAUGGGCGGACAGCAAGUGAUGCGGCCCAUGGGGUAUAACUCUGGGCCGAUGGGCAACAUGAACGUGGAAAGGAGGGUUAUGGGAGCCGGGGUGGGACCUGGUAUAAACGUGGGUGCGGGUGUGGGAGGUGGAAUGGGCAGGGGAGUCAGAAUGGGCAUGAGCAUGGGCGUUGGCACGGGGAUGGGAAGCCCUGGCAAUAUGGGAAUGGCGGCGCGUGGCCUGGGCAGGCCGAACCAGGGUCCUCCAAGUCAGAAUUCCUCAUUUGUUCCAGGCCGGCCAGACCGACGUCUAUCGAACGCGUCAAAUGGCCAUGCACCACUCAGCGGAAACGCACCGCAACAAUUCCGUCACGAUGCGCAACAGUCACCUGCUGGACAGGCGCCGCAGCCAUCCGCCCAGCAAUUGAACGCCGCGACGUCAGUGGCAACCAUCAACGAUCUCAGUGCGUCCACAACUGCAGAGACCCUAACGACCCUGGCUGCAUCCAAAGGACUCCGUGUGGUGAGCGUGGACAAAAAACCCGGUGAAACCGUGGCAAAGGUCUCUUUCGGAGCACCCGAUGGUGCAAGAGUGUUCCGGAGGAUGUUUCACAAAACGGAUAUCGAGGGUAGUCGGGUGCAAAUCACCUUAACCGCCGACGAACACUACUGCCGCAAGCCUCUUCCCACCCCAUCCGAGACAAAAAAAAAGGCGUAAUUGUAGUGAGCACCGAACUCUACCUGCAACUCUCGAUCUAUUAGCUUCGCCCCGUUUACUAUCAUACACAUUGGGGUCGAACAGGAAAGACCGAAUUGGCGGGGGAAUAUGUACAUUGUGGUGUGGCAGACUGUCGCUGUGGGCGAGGAGACACU